AGCGCAAAUGAAUUUACUUCGUCAAAAGAGGCGAAUAAAAGACUUUGAAAGUUUCUAUAAUUUUUGUUGCAGAUUCAACAUGAUUUUGCAAAAUUGUGCUUGUUGAAAUUUAAGAUUAUUUCUGUAGCUGAUGUAAUCAUCCCUAAGUUGAGAUGUCCUCUCGUAGGAAAAUCAGUGUGGAGCUGCCCAAACGUCCCAGCGUUUUUGAGAGGCUUGGCACCAAGCCGGGCAUGCCUCAACCAAAAAUAAAGCAGGGAAACAGGCCUAAAUCCAGUAAACAGCCAAAAGAGAAAGACCCAGAGCCAGUGGAGGAGCGACUUCUGCCACCCAAGAAGACUCAGAUCAUUAAGGAGCCCGAGAAAACCACUAAGGACAUAAAAAAGAAGCGGGUGAAGCGUCCGCGCAGCCGCAGCUCGUCGUCUUCGUCGUCUUCCUCGAGCAGUUCGUCGUCGGGCUCCUCCGACUCGUCCUCAUCCUCGUCCUCCGAGGACGAGCAGCGCAGGAAGCGCGCCAAAAAACGGCGCCGCUCGAGCGACUCGGCGCGCCGCCGCCGCGACCGGUCGCGCUCCCCGCCGCCAAAGCGCAGACGCGACAAGAAGAAGCCGCUGUCAGCCAAGAAGCCUGUAUCCAAACGGCCGGUGGGCUCUCCGGCUCGGAAGGCGCCGCAGCAGCAGCAGAAGAAGCGGAGGAAUGCCUCUGGGAAAGCUAAGGUCGCCGAGAGAGCACCCGUCCCGGCCGCCGCGCCAGCCGCACCCAGUCGGCGGAGCACCUCUCGCGGACGGAAACGCUCCCGGUCUCGGGACCGGCGCCGCAGCGUAUCCCAGCGGCGACACUCCAACUCGCCGAAAAUCAGGUCCCGUUCUCCGCGACGCGCCUCGCCGGCCGCCCGCAAACGCUCGCCGUCUCCUCGGCGUCGGGCGAGCCGCUCGCCGCGCCCGAGCGGGAGCCGCAGGGACGGCAGUCGCCGCCGCUCGCCGGAGAGGGCGAGGCCGCGCUCGCCGGCCGCUCGACUGGGCGGCUCGUUCGACCGCCGGCCGGCGAGCACCACAAGGGAUAGACCGGAGCGGAAGGAGCGCAGAUCGCCGGUCCGAGCCAAACCGGCUGAGACCGCUGCCAGGCGGAGUCCGGUGGAGCGGGUCUGGGAUGAACGCAAAGAGGAGGAACGUCGCCGACGGGACGAUCCUCGUGACCGCCAGUGGGACCGGCCGGCCCGGCCGCCGCCGCCUGCAGACUUUGGCAGAGAGCCGCUGCCGUAUGACGAGGUGCCGCUGCUGCCACCACGUCGCUUCUCCCCAGUCCGCGGCGACGGUCGGCGGGCGCUGCUCGGAGUACCGGCACCCGACGACCGCGCCUCCCGGCCGCCCUACGUCCGGCAUGCCGACGAUCGGCGCAGUCUGGACCGGCUUCUGCCGCCGCGCGCCGACGACUGGCUGCCGUACGAGGAGGCUCCGCCGCCGCCGCCCCCGCCGCCGCCGCCUCCGGUGCCGGUGCCUGUACGAGGUCCGCCGCGCGGCGCGCGCGACUGGUCGCCGGUGCGCGGGCCGGCGUUCCGCCGCCAGGCUGUCGACUGGGGCGGUCCGGCGCGCCGCGGCCGGGCGCCGGCGCCGUUCCGACGCGGCGGCUACCACAAUGUCGGCGGUCCGGGCUACUUUGAGCAGGAGCCGGAGCUGGAGCCGCCGCCCGACCCCGGAGACAUGAUUGUGCGCGACGAGGUCCGAUCUGAGGAGGGAGGCAGCGGGGCUGAGGAGGAGGAGGAGAGGGCACCGUCCCCAGCCGCCGCCCGAUCAGAGUCAGGUCCGUCGGAGCCGAGUCGUCGUUCCCGGGAGCCGGAGCCGCCCAUGCCGGGCGAGCUUUGGAGCUACGACGCCGGGAAGGACGCCUGGGUGCAGAAGGCGGACGGAGCCGGCGGCGAACAGAGUCACGGCGGCCCGGAUGGUGUCGGUGAGGGCGGCGGCACCUCCGCGGCUCCACCUUCCGCAGUAGAGGUCGCGCCGCCCACCGAUCUUCAGACCGAGUCCCUCUCCGAUAUCUCUGACGAUGACGCCGACGAGAUAUUAAACAGAGACUACGAGGAGGAGGGUCAGAUCACAUUCGAGGAGGAUUCUGGUCAGGACGCCGAGCGACCGUCCUCGCGCUGCUCAGCCCUGGGUACCGGCCGGACGCCCUCUGUCGAGCGGCGUGACAGUCGGGAGGGACCUCCGGCGCCGCCUGCAGCUGAGGGGGCGACACCCACCACCCCGACUGCCGCGGCGGCCCGGCCGGAGCAACGCCAGGACGCGGACUCUGAGCCCGAGCCGACCGACACCAAACCGCAGAGUCUGGUGGACGCUCUGGAUAUUGACUGGAGUAGUCUGGUGCAGCCGGGACCCCGCCGGCCCGCCUCGCCUCCCCCCGGCUCAGCGCUCGAGAGGUUCUCUGCCGUCAAUGUUCUGCGCGAGCUGGGGGUGUGUGCCGACUGGGCUGGCCCUCAGCUGACGGAGACACUCCGGAAACAGUGCGAAGCCGCUGGCGAGUCGCUGCAGGAGCCUGUUCCGGACGUGGAGCAGUGUCGCCGACAGUACCGACAGCGCACGGAAGAGGCCAUCGGAGACCCUGGACCGUACCGGCGGGCACUCAGUGCACGCACCGAUCUGGCGCUCAGGCGGCUGCUGUGCGAGGUGACUGAAACUGAAGCGCUCUCGGAGACAGCAGCGCGGCAGGCCCUGAAACGGGACGCGUUCAGCCGACACCUGGCCAUGUUGUCGGCCCGGGUCAGCUGAGCUCUGACGUCACUGGUCACUGCGGUCAGCUGAUCUCUGACGUCACUGGGUCGGCCCGACCGAUGUUGACUAUGGUGUGAUGGUGACUCGCUGUAAGGUUGGAGGGCUGAACGUUCCGUGCUGCCGCUAUUUCAGGGCAAUGGUCCUCUUCUACCCGACUCUUGUUUGUUUUUGUGUAUCGCGCUGAAGAGGUCUUUGCGCCCACCUUCGGCAUUCAGGUUGGACGAUGGAAGGUUAGCUUUGUUGGCUGAGAAUACCCUUCGACCAGGUGCCCGAGUCGUGAUACUCGAUUCACUCGAUGGAUGUUACUGUCGCCCAAGAUGAAGCACCGAGCACAGUGAACUGAGUCGGGGGACAUCUCGCAGGCGGGACGGAAUCGAAACAGAGAUUCCACUUGCGGUGCUGGAGAUAGUUCGGAGCGAAAGGCGGGGACAGGAAUGAUUCAUCACAUCAUGGUUAUUUAAUGGAACGCAGGCUUUUGACGUGGAUGUACUACAGUGGUGCCGCGUGAAACGAGGAAAUGUUUGGUUUCCUGAGAACGAAUUGUUUGUACCAGACGGCACCAAUACAUACCUACUUUGGUUCGU